AUGUUUGAACCUAGGAGAGUGAUUUCUUUGUCAGGUACUCCUGGGGGUAUCGAAAAUCUAGUGAUUGUUGGCUCUGGUCCUGCUGGAUAUACAGCUGCAAUUUAUGCAGCUCGGGCGAAUUUAAAGCCUGUAGUAUUUGAAGGAUAUCAAGUAGGUGGUGUUCCUGGAGGACAGCUAAUGACUACUACUGAAGUUGAGAACUUUCCAGGAUUUCCAGAUGGAAUAACUGGUCCUGAUUUGAUGGAUAGGUAAAUAAAUCACUGUUAUACGGAUUCCUAUGAAUUGGCAAAGAUCAAGAUGCCCUAUUUUAGUUUGAAAUAAGUCAAUUUUCUAUUUCUCUUUUUAUGCCUGUGUAUAUUUUGUAAGCAUGUACAGCACUUUAUUGUCAACCGUUAUUUCUUUUUGCAGGAUGCGGAAGCAAGCUGAGCGUUGGGGUGCAGAACUUUUUCAAGAGGAUGUAGAAUAUAUUGACGUAAAAAAUAGACCUUUCACCAUUCGGAGCAGCGAACGUGAGGUGCAUACAGAAUUUUUGUAAAAUCGUAGGUUGAUUUUAAGAAGAUAUUUAAAGAUCAUAUUUAACCAUUGAAUUGGACGUGAGUUGCAAGGAAUGGGUAUUAUGUCCAUAGUGGAGUAAUGCUCAGAUAAUUUAUAUCUUUGAAUGCACAAAUCGUAUUAGUGCCUAUCACCUAGUAAUUAUUCGUGUUUUGUUACCCUUUGUCUCAAUGUUCUGGAAUUGGAUCGUUUUGCUACAAGUUAAUGGUGGAAUGGUUGCCCAUCCUGCACGCAAUCUUUUGAGUUUUAUGGAAGAAGAGAAAUAGCGACAUGCAUACGUCAUGGCUUUCUUGUGAGAUAGGGUCUAAAUUUCUAUCUCUGAUAGUGAAAGAAUAGGUCAUGUCUUUGUACUGUAGGAGAGGAUAUGGAAAUGUUAUUUUGCUUGCAUUGAUUCGUUACGUAUCCUUUACCAUCUUUCUGAGGUAUGUUGUUUUUUGCGCAUUGCUUCAAAUGUUUUAAUCAAAUAUUUGAUAUUCACUACUCAAUUUUGUUCGAAUGCAUGUUGGCACAAUAUUAUCUGUUUCCCUUUUUGAGAAAUCUGCACUAGCUUGUUUGUUUUCUUUCUCUCUUUGUCAAAAGCUUGUGUUGGUAAUCAUCUGUUUGUUUAAUCUGCACAUAUUAGGUGAAGUCCCAUUCUCUUAUUUUAGCCACAGGAGCCGCAGCAAAACGGCUUGGACUGCCUCACGAGGAUGAAUUUUGGAGUAGGGGAAUAAGUGCUUGUGCAAUUUGCGAUGGAGCAUCGCCACUUUUCAAGGGGCAAGUACUUGCCGUUAUUGGAGGAGGUGAUACAGCAACAGAGGAGGCCCUGUAUCUUACAAAAUAUGCUCGCCAUGUACAUUUACUUGUUCGUGGCAGCAUGUUAAAGGCAUCUAAAGCAAUGCAGGACAGGUACGAUCAAAGUCAGUUUUAGGUUUUGAACUUCUUUCUAUAUUUCUUUGUUAAGCUUUUUGUGAGAGCUCCGAACAUAAUCAUCAUUUCAUAUAGCUGCGCACGUUUUUGAUGAUAUAUGGGCUUUUGGUAGAUUUUCAUUUGUUUCAUUACAAAAUACUCGGGUUAGUUGUUAGAAUUUCUUCAAAAGUUUGAAAAAUUAAAAUUACGUGGAUGAAUUUACCAUCUUGGACAAGUAUGUGCAUGUAUUUUUUCUUGUUUGCUAUAUGAUGUAUAUGUUGUACCAUCUACUUAAAAAGCAAAAUCAUUUGAGGUCAUGAAAUCAUGUGCCUUGAGAUGUGUAUCUGGAACUAGAACGAGAGGGUCUUGGGCGUGUUUUGGUUUGAUUUUAGUGGAAAGAGAUACCAUCUCAGUAGAUAAAGAGAACGAGGGUGCUUUCGAAAAGGAAUCAAUAAAGAUGUCUACUCAUGGAAAGAGCCUCAUUCAGUCUUUAAUUUCCAGCAUAUUUUAACUUUAGCAAAAUGAUUGUACUUUCUCUUCGAAACAUAAAUGUAUCCUCAAUGGCGCCAUGCAGCUAGAAGGUUUGGAGCCCCCUUUGUUAGACAAAAUUAGUUAAAAAUGUCUUCUUCCUCCUUCAGAUGUGGGGAAUCUACAAAUAUUGAAACCAAGCUCGUCACACAUAGUCUCACAAAAUAUGCUAGUGUGGUGGAGUAUCUGGGGUAGAGGAAAUGAACGAACAUUUCUAAUUGGAAGAGACAUGUUGAUAAUAUUUCUUUAGAAAACUUUUGCUAAAAAUAUUUCCACGGGCAGUUCUCAUAGCUACUCUACCUACCUUCUUCUUUGUUAUAAAGUUAAUGAAGUUUUAACGCAAUGGGGAUGUGAUUGAGUCGCUUGCUAAGAAUUUGUCAGUUGGGAAGCAUAUUGUUUGAUGGUAAAUUUUCAACUACCUUAGUGUUUGUUUUAACAGGUUGAUUAUGGCGAAUGUUUCACAGAGUUUUCAACAACCCGAACAUCACUGUGCACUUCAAUACAAAAACCGUGGAUGUUGUCAGCAAUACCAAAGGACAGAUGUCUGGCGUUUUACUGCAGAAGAUUGACACGGGCGAAGAAUCAGUGCUGGAAGUGAAGGGUCUGUUCUAUGGCAUAGGCCAUUCUCCAAACAGCCAGUUAUUGGAAGGUCAAGUUGAACUUGAUACUGCAGGCUAUGUGUUGGUCAAAGAGGGUACUGCUAAAACUUCUGUUGAAGGGGUUUUUGCCGCCGGUGAUGUGCAGGUAUUUCUGCUCUGUGUCUUGUUAUCACAUUUUGUUUUUUUUAUAUUUAUUAUCCAAUAAAAUUAAAUAUACUUUAAUUGAAAUAAUUGUCUUCAACACAAUCAUAUUUUUCAACUGGAGAUUCUAUGACGUUUUCACAAAUAAUGUUUUUUUAGAAUAGGAUACUAAAGUCCCUGAUCUAAAACCGGUCAUUUGCUUCUUUGGUCGUAUUUACCUUACUGGUCAUUUGACAUACUUUGGAAAAUGGUUUGUUGCAACGAUUUUUUUUGGUCUAAGAUCCCUUAUUUUUUUGCAUAAAAAUCAAAUUUGCAACGAUUCCAAGUUAAAAGUUGUUGCAAUUGUUCUUCACCUGGAUGGAUCUGUCCCUUAUGAAGUCUUUGUCGUCACUUAGCUCAAUUUCAUGUUUAAUGCAUGGAUAUAUCUUCUAUAAACAAAUGUAGAAUGAUUAUCUGAUCAUUUCAUUAUAUGCGACUUCUUGAAUGUGCCUAAAAUUAGUAUUUUCAUGCAAGUGAUAAUGAAUUUUUAAUACAAUCAUGCAUGCUAAAUCUGCUUCAAUAUUUUACUCACGUCCACAAAUAUUUCCCUUAAAAUUUUUGUCAACAAGUUUGAUAGGUGGAUGGAAACUAAGACUCUUAACAUCUGUUAGGGGAUAGAUUGUAUCCAAAUCUGCCGCUUUCAAUUUUGCUAAACGUUUUGUUGGUUUCAAAAAAAUCUCCACUAAAUGCGGAGUAUGACCUGAGAAAUUGUGAUUUGCUGCUUUAUUUAUAGGUUUUUUAAUUAUUUUACUUGUUCAUCUAGUAUUUUGAUCUUACAUUAUUUUGUCAACUUUGUGUAAUCAUCUAAUAGGAUCAUGAAUGGAGGCAAGCUAUAACAGCUGCUGGAUCUGGAUGUAUUGCCGCUUUGUCAGUUGAAAGAUACCUGGUCACAAAUAAUCUCCUUAUUGAAUUCCACCAGGUAUUUUAA